AAAAGCUUCCCUCAUUUUCGGCGUAUGGCGGGCUGCCUAGUGGGGCGGUUUGACUCGGUGUGGAUACACUUGCGUGCGGGACCAGUGUCUGCCACCGCGUAUGGCGAGGGAUCUUAUCGGGCCGGCACUGCCGCCGGGCUUCAAGGCCAGCGGGUCAGCGGAGGACGAGGAGCGGGACCCCAGCCCGGUUGCAGGACCAGCUCUGCCCCCUAAUUAUAAAAGCAGUAGUUCAAAGUCAUCAGACAGCGACGAGGACAGUAGUUCUUUGUCUGAAGAAGGAAAUCAAGAAUCUGAAGAAGAUGACACUGGUCCAACUGCAAGAAAACAGAGGAGAAAUCAGGAUGACGAUGAUGAUGAUGAUGAAGGUUUUUUUGGACCAGCCCUUCCUCCUGGAUUUAAAAAGCAGGAUGAUUCUCCUCCAAGGCCUAUAAUAGGUCCUGCAUUACCACCUGGUUUUCUUAAAUCUGCACAGAAAAGUGACAAAGGCAGAGAUGAUCCAAGACAAGUAUCAUCGUAUUUCAACUCUGAGAAGGAAACAGGUAGCAGUGAAGAGGAGGACAUUAUUGGGCCGAUGCCUGCCAAAGGACCAGUUAACUCUAGUGUAACGACAGAGUUUGAAAAAAGGGCCCAGAGAAUGAAAGAAAAACUGACUAAAGGAGAUGAUGAUUCAUCUAAACCAAUUACAAGAGAGUCUUGGAUGACUGAGCUUCCUCCGGAGCUGAAAGACUUUGGUCUUGGGCCCAGAACUUUCAAGAGAAGAGCUGCUGACAAACCUGGAGAUCGAUCAGUCUGGACAGAUAUGCCAGCUGACAGGGAAAGGAAAGCUAAGGAGACACCAGAAGCAAGAAAGUCAUUCAGUAAGAAGGAUGAAGAACAUAUAUUGACAGGAAUGGAAAAGAGAUUGGCCGAGCAGGUAUCCGCAUACAAUGAAUCAAAAAGGUCAGAAUCUCUUAUGGACAUUCAUCAGAAAAAACUAAAGAGUAAGGCUGCUGAAGAUAAAAAUAAGCCCCAAGAAAGAAUACCAUUUAACCGUGAUAUGGAUCUCAGAGUUCAUCGGUUUGAUGAAGCUCAGAAAAAAGCCCUGAUAAAGAAAUCUAGGGAACUAAACACCAGGUUUUCACAUGGCAAAGGCAAUAUGUUUUUAUAAGGGGAUUUCCCUGUGCAAUGAAGAAGAGUUGAAGAAUACUCUUUUUUUCUGUCUGUCCAUCUUUCUUCCUUUAUUUUGAGUUUCUUAAGGUUAGAGGAUUACUUUAGUCUUACAAACCACGCGUCCUUUAAAGUCACAUGGAAACAUGAAAUCAGUGUGUCUUACGUAGAGUAGAAUUUUAUGUGUCUUUGGCUUCUGAGGAAAUGUGGGCUUUUCUUCAAAUGAUUUUUUUGAGGAUUCCCCCCCUCCCCGCCACUCCCUGAUUUUUGUGCUGUCUCACAAGUGCCCUGUUAAGAUCUGGUCAGGACCAUCCACUGAGUCUCUCCCACAGCUCAGACCCCCUCAUCAGAUAUUAUGAACUUGCCCUGAGUGAGUGUGUCGGGUCCUCACAGUGAAUCCAUGAAUUUGAAAUUGUUUGGGUUUCCCUCUAAACUGCAGCCAGUGAAUACACAACAUUUACUUGAAAAUAGAGGGUAUGGAGGUUUUGUCCAUUUUGUUAUCAAUUUGCUUGUUGUGGCAAUCAGGGCUUUUUAUUUGUGGUUUGGAUUUUUUGGUUUGUUUGUUUCUAAGUCAGAAAGAGGGACCUCUGCAUUAUUUCAUGUGCUAAGGAAAAACUAUUUUGAUUUUUCCAACUUCAGUAAGUAUUUCUAGGGAAGGCAAUCUGAGGGACAAGAGAACACCAUUAACUGUUACCAGUGUGAAGUCUGAGACCUGGUCUCUGUGAUCUCCACCAAAGCUUUCUAAGUCUUUAACCUGCUUUGGGAUGAUCUGACUUGAUUCAUUUAUAUUUAACAUGCUUUAGCUAAUUUAUUGGGGACAGAUUUUUUAUAUCAAUCAUAAGUAACUUUUUAAAAAAAUCGAACUCAUAAUCCCUGAAUACAAAAAUGGAAAUGGAAACUGUAAUCAAAACCACCCUGAUGUAAGCUGGACGAAGUGAGAGAGUAGCAUUGACAUAUAUACACUACCAAAUGUAAAAUAGAUAACUAGUGGGAAGCAACUGCGUAUAGCACAGGGAGAUCAGCUUGGUGCUUUGUGACCACCUAGAGGGGUGGGAUAGGGAGGGAGGGAGGGAGACGCAAGAGGGAGGAGAUAUGGGGAUAUAUGUAUCUGUAUAGCUGAUUCACUUUGCGAUACAGCAGAAACUAACACACCAUUGUAAAGCAAUUAUACUCCAAUAAAGAUGUUAAAAAAAAAAAACAAACACCGAUGGAGUAUUGUAAGUUUGUGAUGCUUUAAGCACUGCCCCUUAAGAUAUUAAACAAAACUCUGAAUAGUUAAAGCUUAAAUUCAGAUUCUGGAAGUUAUGUUUCCUUACAGAUUAAUCCCGAUUGCUCUGCUGGUUCUAUGCUCUAGUUUUGAUGAAGCACACGGUUUUAAUGAAAAAAGAUGCUGAGUCCUAGCUCAUCUAGGCUUCAUGAAAAUUGAGUGAACUGUUCAAAUUAUGUGACACAUUUUUCUCCUGAUCAUAGAAGUACAAUGAUCUUCCAUUAACAGUAACCUACUCAAAGAGUGUUACUAUUUAUAAGAUUAAUUUUUCUCCUAAGCAAAUUGAAAAAGUCUAAGCAGAUUGAACAGAGCUACCUUUUGACCAAAGGUAUCAUUUUUAGUGGAUGAUGUUUUCUGAACACAAUACUUUGUACAGGAGCAUCUAUUACUUUCAUUAAUUUU